CGGGCCCCCCACCCCUGCCCCCGGCUGCUCCAACUGACCCUGUCCAUCAGCGUUCUAUAAAGCGGCCCUCCUGGAGCCAGCCACCCAGAGCCCGCCGCCGCCGGAGCCGAGCCGACCCGCCCCGCCGACGAACCCCCUGAAGCUGUGCCAAGAUGUGUGACGACGAGGAGACCACCGCCCUGGUGUGCGACAACGGCUCUGGGCUGGUGAAGGCCGGCUUUGCGGGGGAUGACGCGCCCCGCGCUGUCUUCCCGUCCAUCGUGGGCCGCCCGCGGCACCAGGGAGUUAUGGUGGGUAUGGGUCAGAAGGACUCCUACGUAGGUGAUGAAGCCCAGAGCAAGAGAGGCAUCCUGACCCUGAAGUAUCCCAUCGAGCAUGGUAUCAUCACCAACUGGGACGACAUGGAGAAGAUCUGGCACCACACCUUCUACAACGAGCUCCGUGUGGCUCCCGAGGAGCACCCCACCCUGCUCACAGAGGCCCCGCUGAACCCCAAGGCCAACCGGGAGAAGAUGACUCAGAUCAUGUUUGAGACCUUCAAUGUCCCUGCCAUGUACGUGGCCAUCCAGGCAGUGCUAUCCCUGUAUGCUUCUGGCCGUACCACAGGCAUUGUUCUGGACUCUGGGGAUGGUGUAACUCACAAUGUCCCCAUCUAUGAGGGCUACGCUUUGCCCCAUGCCAUCAUGCGUCUGGAUCUGGCUGGUCGGGACCUCACUGACUACCUCAUGAAGAUCCUCACUGAGCGUGGCUACUCCUUUGUCACCACUGCUGAACGUGAAAUUGUCCGUGACAUUAAAGAGAAACUGUGCUAUGUCGCCCUGGAUUUUGAGAAUGAGAUGGCCACAGCUGCCUCUUCCUCCUCCCUGGAGAAGAGCUAUGAACUGCCUGAUGGCCAAGUCAUCACUAUUGGCAAUGAGCGCUUCCGCUGUCCUGAGACACUCUUCCAGCCCUCCUUCAUUGGUAUGGAAUCUGCUGGCAUCCAUGAAACAACUUACAAUAGCAUCAUGAAGUGUGACAUUGAUAUCCGCAAGGACCUGUAUGCCAACAAUGUCUUAUCUGGAGGCACCACUAUGUACCCUGGUAUUGCUGAUCGUAUGCAGAAGGAAAUCACUGCUCUGGCUCCUAGCACCAUGAAGAUUAAGAUUAUUGCUCCCCCUGAGCGUAAAUACUCUGUCUGGAUUGGGGGCUCCAUCCUGGCCUCUCUGUCCACCUUCCAGCAAAUGUGGAUUAGCAAGCAAGAGUACGAUGAGGCAGGCCCAUCCAUUGUCCACCGCAAAUGCUUCUAAGAUGCCUUCUCUCUCCAUCUACCUUCCAGUCAGGAUGAUGGUAUUAUGCUUCUUGGAGUCUUCCAAACCACCUUCCCUCAUCUUUCAUCAAUCAUUGUACAGUUUGUUUACACACGUGCAAUUUGUUUGUGCUUCUAAUAUUUAUUGCUUUAUAAAUAAACCAGACCAGGACUUGCAACCUAUAAAA